AUGGAUCAAGAGGGCAGGGUUUUGUGCAGGGACGGGAAGAAGAAGGUGUACAAUGCCAUGGCCGCGAUUAAAGACCACCUGUACUCGAGUCCCGAAGACGCGGCGAAUUUCCUGGCGACUCUCCAGUCGGAGCCCGGUAUGUUCGUCGAACGCGAACUCGACUCAAUCGGGAGGCUGGAAAACGUCUUCUGGGCUACCGUGGACCAGCAGAACAAGAUCGCGAGAUAUGGGGCAUGCAUUCAGAUGGGUACCAUGGUAUUCACGAACAGUCGAUNGGACGGCGCUUCUGGAGACCGGAGGCCGAAGGUCUUCCUAACGGAUGGGGACAAGGCGAUGACUGCUGCCCUGCGGGGAUGGAAGACGACGUUGCACCUGUACUGUCUGUGGCACAUCUUGAAGAACGUCAAGAAUUGUGCCUCGUCUUUCCCCGACGCUGAUGAGCGCAAGAGGAUGCUAGGUCUCUUUCGCAGCGUAGCCUACGCAGCGACGCCGGAGGUGAGAUACCGGCCUAGCGACUUUGUGCGUUGA